AUGGCGCAGCAACAUGUCCUUCUCCAUCUUUUCUCUCCCUUUCGUCUCUCUUAUUCUCCAAUCUCAAACCGUCCCAUCUCUCCCCUCAGGCGCAACGUUGUCCGCCUCCUUGUUGCUCUCCUCGUUCUCGUUGGUGUAUACUUAUACCAGGCAGGAUCUCCCUUGUUCUCGUUUCCAAACAAAGACUCUCCUUCUUCUCACUCCAAAUGGCGUGACUAUUCCCUCGCUCAAGCCGCCAACUUCGUCGCUAAGAAUGGCACCUUGAUCGUCUGUACCGUGAGCAGCCCCUUCUUACCAUUUCUCAAUAAUUGGUUGAUUAGCGUUUCUAUUCAGAAACAUCAAGACAAAGUCCUCGUCAUCGCUGAGGACUACGCUACUCUCUACAAGGUUAACGAGAAAUGGCCUGGUCACGCCGUUCUCAUUCCUCCAGCCCUUGAUUCUCAAACCCCAAACGAUUUUGGUUCUCAGGGUUUCUUCAAUUUUACGUUACGGAGGCCGCAACAUCUAUUGCAAAUCUUGGAGCUAGGUUACAAUGUGAUGUACAACGAUGUUGAUAUGGUUUGGUUGAAAGAUCCGUUUCCGUAUUUAGAGGGCAGCCAUGACGUGUACUUCACGGAUGACAAGACCGGAAUUAAGCCUGUGAAUCACUCUCAUGAUUUACCACCUCCGGGUCCAAACGGAAUGACAUAUAUAUGCAGCUGCACUAUUUUCUUGCGUCCCACUCAUGGCGCAAAGCUUCUCAUGAAGAAAUGGAUUGAGGAACUCCAGUCUCAAACUUGGUCUAAAUCAAACAAAGGAAAUGAUCAGCCUGCUUUCAACUGGGCACUUAACAAAACAUCUCCUCAGGUGGAUGUGUACUUGCUUCCGCAAGAAGCUUUCCCAACAGGAGGAUUGUACUUCAGGAACAAGACAUGGGCUAAAGAGACAAAGGGGAGACAAGUAAUAAUCCACAACAACUACAUUGUCGGUUUCAAGAACAAGAUGAAACGUUUCCACCAAUUUGGUCUAUGGCUAGUCGAUGAUCAUUCUCUUGAGUCUCCACUGGGAAAACUAGAGUAA